GGGUCCCGCAGCGGCUGCCGGCUUCUCCGCGCGCCCUCUGGCCCCGUCCUGGCGAGGACGGCGGCGGCGGGGUCAUGGUGUGGCGACGGCGGCGGCCUGAGGCCUGCGGCGGGGCCGGCGGCGCGCUGGCGCUGCUGGCGCUGGCCCUGUGCGCGCCCGGGGCCCGGGGCCUGGCUCUCGAGUGGUACUCGGCCGUGGUGAGCACCGAGUACGUGGACCCGCAGACGAACCGGACCGUGCGGAGCGUCUCGGAGAGCGGCCGCUUCGGCGACAGCUCGCCCAGGGAGGGCGCGCACGGCCUGGUGGGCAUCCCGCGCUCGGAGGACCGCGACCCCGAGGGCUGCGCGCCCGACACGCGCUUCCUCGUUCCCGGCGGCCGGGGAGCCGCACCCUGGGUCGCGCUGGUGGCGCGCGGAGGCUGCACCUUCAGGGACAAGGUGUUGGCGGCGGCGCGGAGGAACGCCUCGGCCGUGGUCCUGUACAACGAGGAGCGCCACGGGAACCUCACCGCCCCCAUGUCGCACGCGGGCACAGGGAAUGUCGUGGUCAUUAUGAUUAGCUACCUGAAAGGAAGAGAGAUUCUGGAUCUGGUGCGUGAAGGCAUCCCCGUUAGAGUGGGCGUGGCGGUGGGCACCCGCCACGUGCAGGAGUUAAUCAGUGGCCAGUCCGUGGUGUUCGUGGCCAUCGCCUUCAUCAGCAUGAUGAUCAUCUCACUGGCCUGGCUCAUAUUUUACUACGUACAGCGCUUCCUGUACACCGGCUCCCGCCUGGGCAGUCAGAGCCAGAGAAAAGAAACAAAGAAAGUUAUUGGCCAGCUCCCUGUUCAUACUGUAAAGCAAGGAGAAAAGGGAAUUGAUGUUGAUGCUGAAAAUUGUGCAGUCUGUAUUGAAAACUUUAAAGUCAAGGAUGUUAUCAGAAUUCUGCCAUGCAAGCAUAUUUUUCAUAGAAUAUGCAUUGACCCAUGGCUUUUGGAUCACCGCACGUGUCCAAUGUGUAAACUUGAUGUCAUCAAAGCCCUGGGAUAUUGGGGAGAGCUUGAGGAUGCACAGGAGAUGCCCACUCCAGAAUCUCCUCCCGGGGUUGUCCUGGCUCCAGAACUGAGUCUUACUUUACCAGAUGGGGACAGAAGUGUCGGGGACAACUCAGCAUCGUCCCCCACCAGCCACGCUGUGCUGCAGGGUGAUGCCACUUUUAAAGAAGAUGCCAGUGAAAACACAGUCUUACUGGAAACAGGCAGGAGCGACCUGGAGCGCGGAGGACCCGUCUGCUAGCGCACAUCUGUCGACGGUGUCGCGGACAGAGCAUGGCGGAGAUUAAAGGACACUAUUUUUUUUAACUUUAGCACAUAGUUUGUAUAUGUGAAAAUAAUGUACAUUCUUUUACCUUUCAGGUUCUGAUUUGAUACACAAAGGGCUGUGAUAUUUUAUUCUUAAAGAGACUUUUUGAUUAGUCUUCAUAUAUUUAUCUGCUAAAAUAUGGCAUUUACAAUGAACAACGCAUCGUUUCAGGCUAUUACCUAGGAGAUGGCUGGGGAGGGCCUUGUACUGUGAAGGACGAGGGUGUGUUUCUAAGUACUAGGCUGCCUACCAUGUUACGUUACUGUUAAAAAAAAGUAAGAUUAAUUCUGUUUCCUCAAGGGUGGUUCUAGGCUAAGCACAUUGAGUUUAGACUAGUUGACAUGGAGUUGUGAGAUUAUGUUCAGUAACUAGUCACGUGAGUUUCCCCGGAGGAAGAAAGACUUUGAGAACGUUAAAUUGUAAAUGUGACGAGAGAAACCUGUCACUUUGUUGCACCUCUGUACUGCAGAGAUUUCUAAACCUGAGAGCACUUUCAUUGUUGUUUUUUAUUUGAAAUUAUGAGAAAAGCAUUAAGCUGACGUUAGGAUUUGCGAUUUCUCUCUUUUGUGACUAAUUUCUAACAACCUUUGUUGGGGAGGGAAGUCUGUCCGUUUUUUCUGUAAAUAAAAAAGCUAAAAUUCUGUGUUGCACACAA